AGUUGCAUUGCCCGGACGCAUUGACCAAUUUUGAUAUUUGAAUCAGUUUGACGCCAACAAUUCAUUUCACUUUCUUCCUUUCUUCCAAGAAGGAAUGGAGAAUGACAAAGAGAAAGCAAUACGGCAAAUAUGCAUGCAACUCACACCAACUCUUUUGCUGUCUACGCCUAGUAGAUGGAGAGCAGUAGAAGAUGAAGAUCAACUGGCAAACAAUACAGGCAUAUCUGCAAAAGAUCGAGUGGUACAAAAUGCUAAAGUGGUGACCGAUUGGGUACAGGUAGAAGUGCCAAAGCAGCUUCAGUCUCUCAAGCAAUUGAUGGAAGGGAUUCCAAUAGAUCACUUUUCGAUACAGCUACGAGCUUUGAUCGCUAUCACUGUAUCCAAAUUCAUCUCCUACCGCAAGGCGAUCGCACAGCCUUUCUCGAUCAACGUUUGGACUUCGAGUGAGAGAUACCUAUUCACAUCUCCCGAAAAUGGUGAAAUCGCAAGUCGCAUUCUACGUCUCCCCAUAUUCUCUGAAUCGAACGAUACGCUGCCUCUUGAUGUAGUUGAUACGAUACUCCAGUCGUACAUACGGCCUCUCUUUAGCACCACUCCGUCUGCCAGUAUCAAUGAAAGCAGUGGAAGAGCAAAGCAAAAGUCCAAGAUGCACACGGCAGGCUCCGGACCAAGAGAAGAUGAAAUUGUCUGGAAAGGUGGUGAUCCAAAGCGUUCUGCGCAGAUGAAAUGUCUCGGUCAAGAUAUGUUAAUUACCAAAGACGGAUCAACACCUUUGCAAUCAAGGCAUAUGGGAAUAGGUGCAGAGUCUGUCUUGUUUGCUUGCUGCAAGAGCAUCGAAGCAGCACCAUUACAAGAUGGAGAUACUUGGGAUCGAUACUCGGCGGAAAUCCUGCCGCCUCUUUUCCAACUACUCGAAGAUCCUUCACCAAGGUAUCGUCUGGCAGGAACGCAAAUCUUAAGUACAACGCUUUUGGCUGGAUACAAAGACCCAAGUAGGAGACUUAAGGUCGAGUCGUUAUUAUUACGCACAGGUUUGGCAGAUUUAAUUCGAUCUAUCUUCGAAAUAAAUUUCACAUUCAUCUCUGUCCAGAUCUCCGGAGCGCUAUUGCAAAGUACGGCAGAAGCAUUUGUGAAAUUAAUGAGGAUUACGACGGAAGAUCUCGUUAUCAACGACGAUCCUUCCCCAGCACAUGUGGUUUCAGAUGGAGGACGAGCAAGAUUUGAGCAAUUCAGUCUACUUGUCGAGAAUGGUGUACUUCGGGUUUGGGCCUUUGCUCCGUCUACAACGACUCUCUUUGAAAUUGGAGAAGAUGAACAGGCUCAGAACAGAGCGGAAGGGGACGAGUAUGAAGAUGUCGAUGUGAUUGAUGCUUCGAUUGAGAUACUCAAACAAGCAGCUCAAAGUGACAAUCUUGGUACUGGAAUUGUGCGUUACCUUGAUGUGACGCUGGAGUUUUUGAUGCAUCAAUUGAGCGGCAUUCAGGACAAGUUACAGCGGGCAAGAGAGAAGAAAUUAAAUGGAAACGGUAAAGUGUCUUUGGUCAAUCUACACAGAGAGAUUGUGUCAGCAGAAGCGGUCCUGAGCAUCCUACAGGCAAGCAGUGAUUGCCCUUACGUUGAAGACUGGUGUGGGAAAUGCAUCCUGAUUUGUGCACAGUGCUGGUUCAACUGCCGUAAUCAUUACAUGAAAGGUCCGCAUUCUGCAAGGUUGGACGAAGUGAUUAACAGUAUCGUGGGAUUCUUUCGUCAACAUUAUGCAGCAACUUCCUAUGAGUGUUUGCAGUCGAUCGCAAAGAUAGAUGAUGUUGUUUUUAAAGAAUUUGUUGAUUUGCAUGUAUGAUGUGCAAUUACUAAUUAUUUGACAUGAAUGUAUUUUACAAAUGUUGUAUUCUAUCCUUGUCAAUGAUGUAUUCUUCCAUA